UAUCUAUAUAUACAUAGAUCAGUUUCGAUAUAUCGUCGCUAGGUGACACGCUUUGCAACCGGCGACGAAGCUCGGAGCAUGAGUAUUCUAAUUUCCUACUCUCUGGCACAGAAAAGGUAACCUCUAACGUUCACGUGUUGUAUCAUAACUUUAAUGAAUUGUUUAAAUAUCUCGCUUUGAAAUAAAGAUUCUUGACAAAAAUGGGGAAGAAGUCAAAAAUUGGGAAGCAGCGCAAGGAUAAAUACUACCAGUUAGCCAAGGAGACAGGUUAUAGAUCUCGAGCUGCGUUCAAAUUAAUUCAACUCAAUAGAAAGUUUGAGUUUCUUCAAAAAUCUCGCGUAUGCAUCGAUUUGUGUGCUGCGCCUGGAGGAUGGAUGCAAGUUGCUCGACAGAACAUGCCAGUGUCCUCCGUUGUGAUUGGAGUCGACUUGUUUCCGAUUAAGCCUAUUCCAGGCUGUAUCAGUUUAGUUGAAGAUAUUACGACUGAUAAAUGUCGCGUUGCUAUAACUCGAGAGCUCAAAACGUGGAAAGCGGAUGUCGUUUUAAAUGACGGAGCCCCUAAUGUAGGCAAAAAUUGGCUGCACGAUGCUUAUCAGCAGGCAGUCUUGACACUUGCAGCUAUUAAAGUGGCAACGCAGUUUCUGAGAUCUGGAGGAUGGUUUAUUACUAAAGUGUUUCGGUCUACAGAUUAUCAUCCAUUAAUCUGGGUCUUGAAACAAUUGUUCAAAAAGGUUCAUGCGACAAAGCCUCAGGCAUCAAGAACAGAAUCUGCGGAGAUAUUUGUUGUUUGCCAAUAUUACAUUGCACCUGAUAAAUUAGAUCCAAAGUUUUUAGACCCAAAAUACGUUUUCUCACAGUUAGAAGUAAAAUCUUCUAGUAAAUUAAAUAUUUUCCACCCCGAAAAGCAGAAAAAAAGUAAAGCUGAGGGUUAUCCAGAGAACGAUUAUACUUUGCAUCACAAAGUUUCUGUUCGGGAUUUUCUAGCAAGUGAAACCGGUGUAGAAAUUUUGCAGCAUGCUUCCGAAAUAAUAAUUGAUGAUGAAAGAGUGACUAAUCAUGUAAACACGACAAAAGAAAUAAAAGAGUGUUGUAAAGAUAUUAAAGUACUAGGUCGGAAAGAAUUGAGAUUGUUACUUUCCUGGUGGAAGACUUUGCGUGAACAAUUUAAUGAGAAAAAACCUGAAGAAAGCCUGGUAGAAGCCACAGAGAUCAACAAGGAGGAAGUAAAACUGUCAGAGGAGGAUGAAGAAGAAAAGGAGGUUGCACAGAUUGAAGAACAAAUUGCUGAACUUAAGGCUGAAGAGGUUAGAGACUUUAAACGGAAGAAAAAGAAGAUCAACAAGGAAAGGCAGAAGUUGAAUGAGAAAUUGAAUCUGAAGAUGGUGCUUAAAGGAGACGAGGGUCCUAUAUUGGAAGGCGAUGAAAUGUUCAACUUGAAUGAAAUAAAGACCCAUCAACAAUUGGAUACCGUAACAAAUCAAACUCCUGAUAUGGUAGCAGAGAGCGAUAACGAUUCCGAUGAUGGAGGAAGUAAGCCAAAGAGAAUAAGGUACGAGAAGGAUUCGGGGCACCUGGACAGUAAGGGUCUCUACUACAAAGAAGAAGAGAGCGACCCUGAGGAUUCUGAACUAGAAGACUCCAAUAGUGUGACAUCAGGAUUAGGUUUAAGUGGAAGCGAGGAAGACGAGGCCAGUAGAGACGAUGACAAAGAAAACAGUAAGGACGAAGAUGGCGAAGAGAAUCCUUUGAUCACCGAUUUAGACCCCAGGGAUAAAAAGUUAAAGAAGAUUCAGAAGGCUGAGCUAUGGUUCGAACGAGAAGUUUUCAAGAAAUUGGAGAACGAAGAGGACGAAGACUUCGAAGUUGACAGGAUGGUGGAGGAGCAUAAAAAGAAAGGUGGACGACUGUAUGGUGACGAAGAUUCAAAGGAAACCGAGGUUGAAGAUAAAACGGACAAUUCGGAAGAGUCUAGCAGUGAUUCGGGAUCAGACUAUGACGUGGAGGAAAUGAUGGGUUCCCAGAAGAAAUCCCAAAAGAUCGGCGGAAAGCAGGGCUUCGAGGUUGUUUCGAAGGACACACUUUCGAAACCAAAGAGCAAAAGGAAAUUAAAGGAUGAAGACUUGGCUUUGGGGGCAAUGAUGAUACAGAGCAAGAAAGCACGGCGGGAUCUGAUCGACGCUGCCUGGAAUAGGUACGCUUUCAACGACGAGAAACUACCCGACUGGUUCGCCCAGGACGAGGAGAAGCACAUGAAGGUAGAGGCCCCGGUGCCGAAGGAGCUCGUCGACGAGUACAAGAAGAGGGUCGAGGAGCUGAAUGUAAGGCCGAUCAAAAAGGUGCUGGAGGCCAAAGCCAGGAAGAAGCGACGAGCCCUGAAGAAACUGGAGAAGGCGAAGAAGAAAGUCGAGGCGUUAAUGGACAGCAACGACAUCACCGACAGAGAGAAGGCCAAACAAGUCAAAGCGUUGUAUAAGAAGGCGGGCAAGGAGCCGAAGAAGGAGGUGACGUACGUGGUUGCGAAGAAACACUCCGCGCAGAAGAGGGUCGGAAGGCCGGCUGGAGUCAAAGGUCGAUACAAAGUGGUGGACCCGCGAAUGAAGAAGGACCAACGAGCGGUGAAGACCAAGGAGAGGAAGAUGAAGAGUCGCGGGAAGAGGGUCCGGGCCGGAAGGCCGUCUUCCAAGGGCAAGGCUAAGCCGUCGAACAGCAAGAAGGGAAAGAAGCACAAAUAGAAAGGCACGGGUUGAAAAGGUGACGAUCAGUGAGGGAAUCCCAUUGACUUUUCCCGGACUAGCCACGUUUUCCGACAUGGUGUGUCAUCGGCGCGACGGCUAAAGCUGUAACUUGCCACGAUGUAUUUAUAUUUUUAAUUGGGAUAUUGGGUACAAACACGUGCCUGUGCCAAGAGACCAGUUCCCACGCAAUUAACUUGGGUGGGCCCAGGAAGCGGCAUUAUGUCUUUCGCGCAGCGGCAGUUAUGCAUCUCUGCCAGUUCGGGUGUUGCGCGGGGGUUUACUUUUUAAAGCUGCGCCCACCCUUCCCUCGAGUCUCCUUGAACUCGACAACGUAUACGCGCCACGAUCGCGGGGCGCUCGUUUAGUUCCCUUGGCACUCGGCGCUUUAUUCCUCAAGUCCAUUUCUCAUCCGGUUCUACGUGCCAGAUUUUAUUCGUACGGGCCGCGAUACACACCGCAUGCGAAACACGGCGCAUCAAUUAUACAUCGGCUAGGAAAUACCUUGUGGUAUGGAACAAAAAAAAGAAGCUAAAGAAACGAAAUGAAAAG